UUAACGCCCCCCUCGGCCAUGAUCAGGAAGUGAAUCUGUGGGAAAUAGAAAAACGGUCCCUAGAAUGACAUAGAAGCGGGUGAGGUGGGGUAGACCAAGACACCGGGACUAACGCAGGACUCGACACCAAUUUGGAUUCAUCCAGGUGCAAAACGACGUAAUCGCUGAAAGGCAUAAAGCACCGGAGAAAAUGCUCAUUAAAGAAUUUCGAGUGAUCCUACCGAUUUCUGUGGAGGAGUAUCAGGUCGGGCAGCUGUACUCCGUAGCGGAGGCCAGUAAGAACGAGACAGGUGGAGGAGAGGGUGUGGAGGUGUUGAAGAACGAACCCUACGAGAAAGAUGGCGAGAAGGGACAGUACACACACAAAAUCUACCACCUGCAGAGUAAAGUCCCAUCGUUUGUAAGAAUGCUUGCACCUGCAUCAGCGCUGAACAUUCAUGAGAAAGCUUGGAACGCCUACCCAUACUGUCGCACAGUAAUCACUAAUGAGUAUAUGAAAGAAAACUUCCUCAUCAAGAUCGAGACGUGGCACAAACCUGACAUGGGGCAGCAGGAUAAUGUUCACGGUUUAGACCCAGACACCUGGAAGAAGGUAGAUGUGGUGUACAUAGACAUCGCAGACCGGAGUCAGGUGGAGCCAAAGGACUAUAAACCAGAAGAAGACCCCACUAAGUUUAAGUCUGUAAAAACUGGAAGAGGGCCGCUUGGUCCGGAUUGGAAGAAAGAACUACCUAAAAAGACAGACUGCCCACACAUGUGUGCCUACAAACUGGUUACUGUCAAGUUCAAGUGGUGGGGCCUGCAAAACAAAGUGGAAAACUUUAUUCAAAAGCAAGAGAAGCGCUUGUUCACUAAUUUCCACCGGCAGCUGUUCUGUUGGAUUGAUAAAUGGAUCGAGCUGAACAUGGACGACAUCCGCAGAAUGGAGGAAGACACCAGGAGGCAACUGGAUGAGAUGAGAGUGAAGGAUCCAGUGAAAGGAAUGGUGGCUCUUGAAGACUGAGGCUGCUCUGUGUUUCUGGAUGCUGCUGUUCAUAAAGGUAAUUCACGAUCUUUAGCGCCCCCUAACGUCAUUUAUCGAACACAGCAAUUGAGAACUGAAAAAUAAUGUCAUAUUUCCUAGUAUAUGGACUCAGUAAACUGACAUGUUUGCGCUAAUAU